CGUAGCUUCAUCUUGUAAGUGCCUUAAUCUAUUUCCGAUAGGUAUGCCUCUCCUGUUAGUCACAGGGUAUCCAUCAUGCGGGAAAACUACUAUAGUUCAACGAAUAUACGAUUACUUCGGCAAAAAGGGGAAGGAGGUAGUUAUCGUCUGCGACGAUGAUUAUCCUACUCUUAGCAGGGAUGACUAUGGUAAUGCCACCAAAGAAAAAGAGCUUCGAUCAUACGUUCGUUCUUCACUUCAAAAAUCUUUGAAUAAGGAUACAAUUCCUUGCUACAGAAACCAUGCUGAUGGCGUUCCAGACGAUAUGAGCGUGGACUUGGAGCACCCAGCUCCGAAAUUUGCUGAUUUGCCACUUGUUGACAUCUUCAAGUGGCUCUGCGAGGGAACAGCGCUGGUUGAAAACAAGAGCACUCAGGUGGUGCCAUUGGCACCAAUCAACUUCCUUCAAGAGCUCGAUCGUGUUACACAAGAAGUUGUAUCUGCAGUUAUAGAAGGACAGCGGAGUACACCUGUUGGACAUUUCAUUGUUAUCACAUGCCAUCAGCCAAGCGAAAAUAAAGUGGUGGUCAAAAAAUAUCGAACUCUGGCUGAAUUAACUCGUGUAAGACGGCAAUUCAUCAAUAUGUCCAAGUCAAAUCCUAUUGAUAGCAAGUCAAAAAUAGCCUCGUUAUUCAUAAAUUAUCUCAACAGCAAUGCUUGACC